ACAAACUCACUGAAAACCGGAAGCUCUGAAAUAGUGAUGCUUGUGGAACACGCGCGUAGUAGAAAGACACGGAUGGAGAUUCCUGAUCAAAAACAAGAAGUCAAUUGUGUCAGAAGAUGAGUUCGCAACAAUAUUCACGACCGGGAAUACCCCCUGGUAUGGGAAAAAAACAGAUUCCCGGAGGAAACACUGCAAUGGUGGCUAGUAGUCAACCAAACACAACAGGUGGGACAGACGAUAGCAGCCGUGACCCUCACCCAGACCACAGUCCUUAUGACCGCCCCAGUGGUGGUGGUGGAGCACCGGGGUUCAGAGAUGACAAGCAGGAGACAGUGGUGGUCCGGCCUUACCCCCAGGUCCAUGGCCCCUCCCAGGGUCACCACCCAACACUACCUCAGCACCUGCCCCUCCAGCAGGGCAUGCCCGUCACAGUGUCAGCUCCUCCACAGCACAUUCCCCAGGGCCUGCCUCUGGCCUUCACUGAAGGACCUAUAAAGGUGCAGUCAUCUCUGAAGUCGCCCAUGCCCAGUCGAGUGAUUGCCCCAGCACCAGCCAACAUCCAGGGCCACAUCUCCCUGCCACCCAAGGUGCCAAGCCACCUCACUGUAACCAUGGAGAGCACUGUGCCUCCGACCCCCGGCAUCCCUGUAGCAACUAUCAGUGGCCAACAGGGCAACCCCAGUAACCUGCACCAUCACGUGCAGAUCAUUCGCAGCAACGGCCCGCCCCUGCAGCUCGGCUCCACUGGCAUUCCCCAGCACACCUUUACCUCCCAUCUACCCCGAGGAGCUGCUGCAGCUGCUGUGAUGUCCAGUUCCAAAGGACCCACCGUACUGAGACCUGCUACAGGCCCUGGUAGUGGUACUGGCCCACCUAUUGUCCAGCACAUCAUCCACCAGCCUAUCCAGUCCCGGCCAAUAGUAACAACGUCCACGGCUGUGUUGCCCACGGUGGUUGCCCCGGUAACGGCCACCAGGCCUCAGUCCCCAGUGGUUAGCUCAGCCACGCACUCUGCCGAGAUGGUUCAUGGGCGUCCAGGGCUGACCGUUCACCCCCCUCCAGCCACUCUGAGCAUCCAGCGUCCUCCCCAAUCUCGGGAGACCCCCACACGCAUCACCCUGCCCUCUCACCCUGCCAUUGGGGGUCAGAAACCCCAGUUGUACAACACCAUGGCACAGAAGCCCAUAUUCAGCAAUGUUACUCCUGUUGCUGCAGCAACUGUUGCCCCCAUAUUAGCCACCAAUACUGCUCCAUCGCCUAGUACAACAGGCUCAGGACCCCACCCCAACAGUAACAUCGUCACCAUGGCGAUGCCCUCUCAUUCCUCCCACGCCACAGCAGUCACCACGUCCAACAUCCCCGUGGCUAAAGUGGUUCCCCAGCCAAUAGCCCACACCUCGCCCAGGAUCCAACCGGAGUACCCUGGAGAGAGGGGCAACCUGAUCCCCAUCUCGGGCCCCCGCUCCUCCCCCAACCCCAUCACCAUGGAGGCCCGCAGUGACAGGCAACCGGUGCCAGUGCAGUUUCAGUACUUCCUGCCUACCUACCCUUCUUCGUCGUACCCUCUGACACACACCUACACCCCCAUCACCAGCUCUGUUUCAACCAUCCGACAGUACCCAGUAACCCCUCAGGCCCCCAGCGGCACGGCCAUGCAGACCCAGGCCAGUGUGGGCGUAGCGUCGGCGGUGCACCUCAACCCCAUGCAGCUGAUGACGGUGGACCGCAUCGCUCAGAUCAACACGCAGAACAUCCAGCCCGCCGCCAUGGCCACGCAGGGCAUCAAGUCAACCAACAUCAGCACCCAGGGCCUGCACACUGCCACCGGUCAGAUCACUGCGCAAAACAUUCAACCUGUGCCCAUCAACCAACAGCAGCCAGCCAUUGAGAACAAGACCUCAGUUGUGUUAGCAGACGGCUCCACUCUGGUAGCCAACCCCAUUGGCCAGACGUUCGGCAGCAGCCAGCCUCCCACCUGCGUUGGGCAGACACACCCCCAGAACACUGGGCCUGGUGCCCCCACCCUGCUGUCCUCCCCCCGGCCUAGCAUCCUGCGCAAGAAGCCUGCCAAUGAAGGGUCUGCUGUGAGGAAGAACCUGAUCCCAGAGGCCACCAGCCCCAGGAUAGAUGGAGGCAUCAGGCCUGCAUCAGGUAUGAAGCACAAGGCUGAUCUCCACGUAUCCCUGGCUCCCCCGUUGACGUCGUCCUCCAUGGAAGCGCUGCCCAUCCAUCAGAUCAAUGAGCAGCAGCCCUCUCAGCCAAUCCAGACCCUCCUCUCAGUGUCUGCACCCCCACACUCCCAGCCUGGCCCCGCCAUGUCCGCCAUUACUCCACCAAUCUCGUCUAUGGCCAACGUGGUGGUUCCGCCUACACAGGCAGCGGCCAGUAGCACAGCGGCAUGUGGAAUAAGCUCCACCCUCCCUGAGCUCAAGAUAAAGCAGGAAGUGGAUCCUAUGGAUACCUCCAAAGCAGGUCCCCCUAUGCCCCAUUGCGGUGCCCCCAUGUUGUCCAUGAUGCCUGGUGGGGACGUGAUCCUCGGGGCCUCACCCAGGAAGAAGCCCCGGAAGCAGCAGCACGUCAUCUCCACGGAGGAGAGCGAGAUGAUGGAGACCAACAGCACAGACGAGGAGAAGGUCCUGGCCAGACCACACAGCAUGAGGCCCGAGAAACGCAAGUCGCCCCCCAAGGAGUACAUAGAUGAGGAGGGUGUUCGUUAUGUCCCCACCCGUGCUCGCCCCCCGGUCACCCUCCUCCGCCACUACAGGAACCCCUGGAAGGCUGCCUACCACCACUUCCAGAGAUACAGUGACAUUCGGGUCAAAGAGGAGAAGAAGGGCACCCUGCAGGAUGUAGCCAAUCAGAAGGGGGUGGUGUGCAGAGCACAGGGCUGGAAGAUGCACCUGUGUGCUGCACAGCUCAUGCAGCUGACUAAUCUGGAGCAUGACGUGUACAGCCGCCUCACUACCCUCCAAGAGGGCCUGAUCCCAAAGAAGAAGGCCGGGUCGGAUGAUGACAUGCACCGUAUCAACGAGCUCAUACAGGGUAACAUGCAGCGCUGUAAGCUGGUGAUGGACCAGAUCACUGAAGCUAGAGAUGCCAUGAUGAAGGUGCUGGACCACAAGGAGAAAGUCAUGAAGUUAAUCAACAAGAACGGCGGAGCGAAGAAAGUCAACAAGCUGAAGCGCAAGGACAAAGCCUAGAACAGAGCGGGGACCAAGCCUAGGCUGACCCCUGUACCCUUGUCUUUCUAAAGACGGCUCUAGUCUACACCCCUCACUGAUAUGACCAUAGACCACUGGUAGAUUUGAGUCAGUAUGGCGUCUGGGGUUACUCGUUAGCUGUGUGCAACCGUCCGACCACGUUUCGCCUAGAACUGAGAACCAAGUGGUCGGCAGAAGGAACAUAUUAGGAACAAACACGGUUCCGCUACGUCCAAGGGAGGAGCUUGUCAAUGGACAGGAAUGUACAAGUAUUAAGCCCAUAUCAGGAAGUUGGUAUGUUCUCAGUUGUUGAUUGGAUGGCUGGCAGAAUUAUUAUGAUUUUGAUGGUUGAAUGAUGGUCUAGAGGGGAUGCAGUGUCUGUUCAAUUGAUACCUUGGAACAUUGUGUGAUCAAUAUGAGUUUAUUAAACUAUCAUUGAGUACUUAUUGCGUAAUAAAUGUGUAAAACAGUA